UGAACAACCUAUGGCAACAGCAUUUACAAAACAAACUGUUACCACAACCUUACCAACACAAUCUAUUCCACCCACAAUAGAAUCAGCAACAACACCAACACAGGUUACAGUUGUAACCACUCAAUCAGCAACUUCAGCAGAAGCUGCACCAUCUGUAACAACCAAAUCAGUGACUUCACAACCAUCGGAAUCAUCAUUAACAACAGAGCAAACUGCUGAAUCAACAGCAAUUUACAGCACAAUAACACAUAGUGAAUCAGUGACCACAACAACACAAACUACACUACCUAUGACAACAGCAUCCACAACACAAACUGUUUCCACAACCGUACCAACACAAUCUAUUUCACCAACAAUAGAAUCAGCAACAACACCAACACAAGUUACAGCAUCAGAGAAUUCACAACCACAAAGACCAACAGAAAUUACAGUUGUAACCACUCAAUCAGCAACUUCAACAGAAGCUGCACCAUCUGUAACAACCAAAUCAGCAUCAUUAACAACAGAGCAAACUGCUGAAUCAACUGCAAUUCACAGCACAACACACAUUGGAUCAGUGAGUACAACAGAACAAACUACACCACCUGUGACAACAGCAUUCACAACACAAAGUUUUUCCGCAACCGUACCAACACAAUCUACUCCGCUCACAAUAGAAUCAGCAACAACACCAACACAAAUUACAGCAUCAGAGAUUUCAGAAACCCAAAGACCGACACAAAUUACAGUUGUAACAACACAAUCAGCAACUUCAACAGAAGCUGCACCAUCUGUAACAACCAAAUCAGUGACUUCACAACCAUCAGCAUCAGCAACAGUAACAGAGCAACCCACAGCUGCAAAACAAACUGCUGAAUCAACAGCAAUUCAACUCACAACACCAACACACAGUGAAUCAGUGACCACAACAACACAAACUACACCACCUAUGACAACAGCAUUCACAACACAAAGUUUUUCUGCAACCUUACCAACACAAUCUACUCCG